AUGGGGACCAAAGAUCGACGAUCAGUGUUAGGGCUGAUCUCUGUGGCGCUGCUCGUCCUCGCUCUGUCUGACGAUGCUAAAGCAUCGCACAUCGACCGAGUGUGCUCCACUUGGGGAAACUACAACUGGAAGACCUUCGAUGGAGAGUUCUUCAACCUGCCGACCGACUGCCAGCACACCCUGAUCUCUGACUGUAAGGAAUCCUAUGAGAGCUACAGCAUCCAGAUGAGACGCACCAAAGUCAACGGGGUCCCCGUCAUCAGCAAGAUCACCAUGAAGCUGGACGGGGUGGUGGUGGAGCUGACUCCGAACUCUGCGAUGGUCGACGGAAAGAAGGUCAGACUGCCCACUGUGAAGUUCGGCGUGUCUGUGAAGAGGAUCAUGUCUAGUCUCGUUGUCGAGUCCGGAAGCCUGCAAAUCAGAGCGAUCUGGAACCUGGAGGACUCGCUGGAUAUCGAAUUGCCCGAAACUUUCAGGAACCAGACGUGUGGGCUGUGUGGAAACUUCGAUGGCAAAUCCAACGAUCUCCUGGAUAACGGAGCUCAAUCCACCGUAACCGACUUUGCAGAGACCCACAAAGUGAACGACCCCGGAGAGAGCUGCGAGGAGAAUGAGCCUGUAAAUCCCCCCGUCUGUAAGGAGAAGGAUAUCUGUGAGAAGAUCUUCAACGAACGUCCGUUCAGAGGCUGCAGGAACCUUUUGGAUAACGAAGCGUUCGUUAAAGUGUGUCAGACUGAUUUCUGCAACGAAGUCGACAACACCUUCCCCUCGCUCUGCAAAACCAUCUCUGAGUUCUCCCGGCAGUGUGUGCACGCAGGCGGGACGCCCAAACAAUGGAGGACGCCAGAUUUCUGCUACAAGUCGUGCCCAUACAACAUGGAGUUUAUGGAGUGUGCCAGUUCAUGUCCCAGCACAUGCAGCACGCCUAAGGCCAGUUUAACAUGUGAAACCCACUGUCACGAUGGCUGCAGCUGCCCCAACGGAACCAUCUUUGACGAUAUCAGUAAGAGUGGCUGUGUUCCUGUGGAGGAUUGUCCCUGUCUACAUAACAAGAAGGUCUACCAGCCAGGACAGUCCUACUAUCAUCAGUGCAGAUCCUGUGUGUGCAUCAAGGGUCGCUGGAAGUGCACGGAGGAGAACUGCCCUGGACGCUGCUCUGUGAUUGGUGGAUCUCAUAUCAACACAUUCGAUGGCAGAGAGUACACUUUCCAUGGAGACUGCUCCUACAUGCUCACCAAGUACAACGGCGCCGUUAAUUUCAGGUUGAUGGUGGAUCUGGAGAAGUGUGGCGCCUCUGAGACUAAGACAUGCCUCAGAGCGGUGACUGUCGCCGUAAACAACGCUGUGGUGAUAAAAGUCAGACGUACUGGGGGCGUUCAGAUGAACCGGAUUAAGACAGAGCUUCCAGUGGCGAUUUCGGAGCUCGUAGCUUACACCCAGUCCUCCUUCUACGUUUUCGUCUCUAUCAAGCCGGGCGUCAGGAUCAUCAUCCAGCAGGUCCCUAAAAUGCAGGUCUUCGUCACGGUGGAUCCGUCUUAUAAAGGGUCAACCAGCGGUCUGUGUGGAAACUUCAACAACAAAAUGAAUGAUGACUUCACGGGGAGCAGCGGUCUGGGGGAAGGCACCGCUGCAGCGUUCGGUAACUCGUGGAAAACCAAAGCCAGCUGUCCUGACGUAACGACACGCUUCGGACAUCCCUGCAACCAGGGCAUCAACAAGGAAAAAUUCGCAACAUACUGGUGUUCCCAACUGACGGAUCCUAAAGGAGUGUUCCGAGCGUGCCACCACGCUGUGGACCCCAACUACUACAGAGAAAUCUGCAUGUAUGACAGCUGUAACAGCGAUCAGAGUGAACCCUGCAUGUGCGCGGCGGUCUCUGCCUACGUGUUAGCGUGCUCAGCAGCAGGGAUCCAGCUGAAGGGCUGGAGGAAGAACUUAUGUGGCCAGGACAUGGUGUGUCCCCCAACAACAGUCUACAGUUACAACAUGACCAGCUGCCAAAGAACCUGCCGAUCCCUCAACCAAGUGGACUUCACCUGCCAGCCCGGCUUCAACACGGUGGACGGCUGCGGCUGUGCCGAGGGGACCUACAUGGAUGACAAGGGCAAAUGUGUGACAAGCAAAGACUGCCCCUGCUAUGACAAAGACGACAACAUCAUACCAGCGGGACAAGUCGUGUCCAGAGACGGCGUCUCAUGCAACUGCAGACACGGACAUCUCAGCUGCGCAGGAGCUCAAGACCAAGGCUCCCGAAAAUGCAUAUCCCCCAAGGUUUACUUUGACUGCUCCACUGCUGCGGUCGGAGCCACUGGGACAGAGUGUGAGAGGAGCUGCAGCACCCUAGAUAUGGACUGUGUGUCGACAGGCUGUACAUCAGGCUGCAUGUGUCCUGCAGGCCUGGUGUCUGAUGGACUAGGAGGCUGUGUCACAGAGAAUCUGUGUCCAUGUGUGCACGAUGGACAGAUAUACCAUGCUGGGCAGACUCUCACUGUGGACUGUAACACCUGUACCUGCAAGAACAGGACAUUCACCUGUACCACCAACGUAUGUGACAGUGUUUGUAGUAUCUAUGGCGAUGGGCACUACUCCACAUUUGAUGAUAAGAGGUUUGACUUCAACGGAGAGUGUGAAUACACCCUCCUCCAGGACGACUGCAGUGGGACUCAGGGCUCAGGAAACCUCCAGAUCAUCACGGAGAACGUUCCAUGUGGAAGUUUGGGAACCACUUGCUCCAAGACCAUCAAGAUCCUACUGAGGGACAAUGAAUUCCACCUUAAAGACGCCAACUUUUUCGUGAUCAAGGGUAGCACCAAGGUGUUCCCUGAACAGGUACGCAAGAUGGGUAUUUACAUGGUGGUGACCAUCAGGGCAGGACUGGUGCUCAUGUGGGACCAGAAGACCAGUCUUUACAUCAAAGUCAGUCCAAAGCUCCAGGGUCAAGUCUGCGGUCUGUGUGGAAACUUUGAUGGCAACAGUCAGAACGACUUAACUACCCCGUCCCAGGACACGGUGGCUGAUGUUCUUGAGUUUGGUAACAGCUGGAAGGUUUCAUCCAGCUGCCCAAAUGCCCAGCAAAUCACUGAUCCCUGUGCAUCCAAUGGUUACCGCGCAUCCUGGGCCAAGAGACAGUGUAGCAUCAUCGGCAGUGUCACCUUCAAGACCUGCCAUGCCAAGGUGGAUCCUGGUCCUUACUUGGAGUCUUGUAUCAAAGACUCUUGUGCUUGUGACAGCGGCGGUGACUGCGAGUGUUUCUGUACUGCUGUGGCUGCCUAUGCCAAAGCUUGCAGUGAGGCUGGGGCCUGCGUGAGAUGGAGAACUCCAAAAAUAUGCCCUAUAUUCUGUGACUACUAUAAUGCCCCUGAAGGCUGUGAGUGGCAUUACAAGCCUUGUGGAGCUCCCUGCAUGAAGUCCUGUAGAAAUCCAUCAGGAACCUGCUCCAACCUCACCACUGCCCUGGAAGGCUGCUAUCCAAAGUGUCCACCUACUCAUCCCUACUUUGAUGAAGACUCUAUGAAGUGUGUUUCUUGGGAACAAUGCGGCUGCUACGAUGAACAAGGCAACCAUUACGACAUCGGAGACAGAGUUCCAAGCAAAAACUGCUACCGCUGGAACUACAACCGCAGGAACAACAAAACCUGGAGAGACAACCACAAUGGGAGUCACAACCGCUACCACAGCUGUUGUUGA